UGUUUCUCUGACGUGAGAGCUGAGAGUUGUGGCUGAGCUGCCGGUUUGCUUGCUUUGGGGAAGAACGCGUUACGCUCCGCAGUGGCUUUACCCGAGGUGUUUCGGGCUGGUGGAUACACGGCCCCGCACUCCGUGCGCGCACGCUUUGUGCCCCGAGAGCCGUCGUCGUUGCCUGUUACGGAUCUGUCACAGUGUUUCCUGCCCAUACUUACUGAAAAGGAAAUGUUCAACUGUUGGAUUUGGAUAUUUAUCUUGCUCUGUAGAAGAUCUAUAGCAGAUGAGAACUCUACUAGAGAUGCUGACAUUUUUCCUUCUUCUCCUGAAAUUGAAAGAGGAUCCACCCUGAAACUAUUCUGUGUUCUUGGAAAACAUUACACACCUCACAGGAACGCAAGCCACAUCAUCUGGAAAUUGAAUCGCGAAUUAAUUGCUCGGGAAAACUAUAAUAUCGUCAAUGAGACUGUAUCUAGUAUAACUAUCAAUAAUUUCACUCACAACAAAGCACAUGUGAAGUGCUUCAUUAAGUACUUAGGGAAGGAACAACUUCUGGUUCACACUGAAGUUAAAUCUGGAUUUCCACCAGGCACACCAAGAAAUAUUUCCUGCAUUUACGAUGUUGAUAUUAAGCUUACCUGUAACUGGACUUCAGGAAGAGAAACAAAUCUUGCAACAAGUUAUACUCUUUACAGAAAAAUUAUGAGUGUACAAGGUCCAAUUAUGCAGGAGAUGAAGAUCUCUGUCUGCCGAAGCAAAACUGAAUCAUGUUCAUUUCAUUACCCAAAUAUUCCAUUUGGUGAUAAUCUUUGUUUUCAAGUGAAAGCUGAAAAUGUUUUGGGUGAAGCCUCAUCGGAUUGUGUUCCUAUAAAUAUGGAAGAAAUAGAGAGAUUUCAACCUCCUGAAAUACUUUCAUUAAAAAAAUAUGCUGGUAUAAAGCAGUUGCUUACAGUAACCUGGAAGAUACCUGAGAAAAGUACACGCUUACUGGAUGUACAAUGCCAGAUUCGAUACAGAAACUUGUAUUCGAACUCAUCGGAAAUUGACACUGUUAUGGUGGCUUCUGGAGAAGAGAUAUCAACACAUAAUCUCACAGGUCUGUGGGACUCCACAGAGUAUUUGGUUGCCAUUCGGUGUAUUAGUGUUGAAUCAAAACUCUGGAGUGACUGGUGUAAAGAGGAAACAGCAAGUACAGAAGAGAAAGCUCCUUCAGAAAAAGUGGAUUUGUGGAGAGUAAUUGAGUCUUCAACCCCAUCUGGAAACAGAUCCGUGUAUCUUAUGUGGAAGCUGUUAAGCAACUUGCCACCCCAUGGGAGAAUUCUAGGCUACAAAAUACAGUAUUUUCCAGAAAAUAAUGCUGCACUUCAAAUGACAGACUUCACUUCUGAUAAGAAAAUUACUUUAUUUUUAAAUGAAGAGGCAUAUAUAAUAUCUCUUACUGCCUAUAAUUCUGCUGGAAAUUCUCCUGCAGCUAUUUUGAGGAUUCCAUCCACUGAUGAAAAAUCUUCUCAAAUGAUUGAAGCAGUGAGAACCUUUACAACAGAGGAAGAAGUGAUUGUGGAAUGGACAGUCUCUAAACCAGAAGUAACCGAGUAUGUAGUUGAGUGGUAUGACGAAAUGGAGACAGAUCCUUUUAGUAGGUCAUGGCAGUAUAUAUCAAAUUCUACAAAGUGGAAACCUAACAAAAAAAACUUUAAAUCAUUUGUAUGCUACAACAUGUCAGUGUAUCCCAUUGAUGGAAAUAAAGUAGCAGCUCCAUAUUCCAUACAAACUUAUAUUCAAGAAAAAAAGCCAUCAGAAGGCCCUGUGGCUGAUACGGGUUUCCCAGGCAAAAAUGAAGUUACAAUAAAAUGGAAUGAGAUUUCAAAAGAUAAAAGAAAUGGCUUUAUCAACAACUACACAAUAUUUUAUAAACCUGAAGGUGGAAAAGAAUUGAAUGAAACAGUGAACUCCGAUGUGCUACAAUACACGCUGAAGUCUUUGCAGGCUAAUACGCAAUACACGGUCUAUAUCAUGGCAAGCAACAGAGCUGGUGGAACCAGUGGAGAGCCAAAAACAUUCAAGACUUUAAAAUUCAAUAAAGAAGAUGUUAUUUUCAUUGCUCUACCAGUUGGAUUAAGCAUGUUGUUUCUGGUAGGCCUUUGGAUAACCUGCAUUAUGAAAAAGCAGCUGUUUAAAAAGGUUUGCUGGCCUGAUGUCCCCAAUCCUGCAGAGAGCGUUGCAGUGCAGUGGCCUGUUGACGCAGCUGUGGGAGUGGCGUGUGAGGACAAAACCAAAGGCCUGGAAAACAUCAGUGUUUUGGAAGAUUGUUUUCCUGAAGAAGAACAUGAAGGAUCACUACUAAUGGAUUGUGAAAAAUGUGUUUCUGGAAGUACUGACAUUAAUACAAAUGAGGCACAGAAUAUCUCUGAGUACAAAUUAACUCUGCUAAAUAGUGAGGGAAAGAUACUCAACAACGAAGAACAGGAAUUUGCUAAGCACCUUUCACCAUCCAUGCCUUACAUAAUCACUGAUCAAGAUUUCAAAAGUCAAAUACAUUCAGCUUUGAUACCAUCCAAGAAACUUCAACCCAUCAAAAUACUGGAGGAUGAUUUAUGUGAUUCCCAACAGAUCUCAAUUAAAAAUGAAGAAAAUGAUAAUGAAGAAGUUUUAAACAGAGGAGGUUUCAGUGGAAAAAGCCUGUUCAAUCCAUACCUUAGAAAUUCUGUUAAAACAAGAGAAUUUCUUGUUUCUGAGAAUUUCUCAGAACACAGCAAGAAUGAACCCAAAAGCCAGGCAACUUUUUUACCAGGACUUCGACAAAAUGUUGUAGGACAAUCCUAUAUAACAUUGGACAUGGUUGGGCUGGCAACCGCUCAUUAGCAGAGGAAAUAAUUCCUUGUGAAGUCCCAGCCUGGUAGCACUGCUUUUGUAUGUGUUUCCUGGGUGGUCGUGGUUACCUCCUAUGAAAUUACCCUAUUCCCUUCAACAGCUGUGUGGUAAUGAACGUACUGUAUUUAUUCCUGUGAAGCUUCACUUUCAGAGUUGCUGGGGAUUUUUUAUUUUUUUAUUUUUUUAAACCACAGAAAUGUGUCAGCAGUAAGGCAAAGGACGUAGCUUUUCUUAGUUCUUCGUUUUGAUUUUCCCUUUGAGAACACCAAGCCGUGCAAGUAGCUUGCUGCUUUCCCCCUCGGCAACCAGUUCAGAUAGAUGAGCACUGCUGGGGCAAUGUGCACAAACUUGAACAGAGCCAACAUCUCCCAAAUUUUUCCUUAAGUUGCAUGAAGUAAAACAACUUUACUGUUUUUUUCCCAUGCUUAUUUUGGAUCUAGUUUUUAUGUGUACUGUUUUCCUAUCUCGCAGAUAGUUGGUAAUCAUCUUUGUGUAUCCUGCCUCUCAAAUCAGCAGUUUGGCUCAUGGUUGCCAUAUCUUUAAUAAGAGGAUAUGUCAUGUACAUGCUAUUGACCUGUCUGCGCUUUGGAAAAGGGAGGUUUGUGUUGGCUUCCUGCUUCCUUCCCUUUCUCUCAUUUUCAGUCAUUCACUGUAUUUUGUGCUUCUUUGGCGCUGCUUUUUUUAGCUGUUUACUGCAUGAUAUCUUCUUACCUUCUUGCUACUGUGCCUUUAAUUUCUCCUAGUUUAAAACUGUUCUUCUCAGUUGAAGCUGUGGUAUUAUGAACUGGGGGGGGGGGAAAAAAAAAAAAAAAAAAAAAAAAAGCUAAAUUAAACAUUCAGUUGUUUAGAAUUAACAUUUAGCCCCCCAGAAUUUCAAAUUCUACAAAUGGAAAUCCCCCAGACAUUAACAGAUUAACCAAUUACAGACAAAAUUCUCACACUACAUGACCAUUAAAUGUCCAUUAAAAUCCCCUAAAUAAGAAAAAAAAAUGCACUAUUAAUGAAUUCAUGGGAGAGAAGGAAGCAUUCCUGUGGAUGCACCUCCACAGACGAUGUGGUUGCUGCUGAACAGCUGAUUUGGAUGCAUAGGCAAAUGGUCUGCUCUGGCUCUGGCUACUUAAUGUUUCUCUUGCCACAGUGUAUAUUUCAUUACAAAUGCUAUGUUAUACUUUAAUAUUCCUAGAAAGUGAUAUAAGCAUAUCUGUUAUAAACAGAUUUCUCUUUUUGAGAUUGUUGAUGACUUCUUGAGAUAGAUGUUCCAACUUCUGAUCAUGAGUGGGAACUUGUUCAGAAGAGCUGAAUUUUCUACCCAAGUUUGAUAUCUAUCCAAGUUUGAUAUUGAAUGUGACACAGCCUGAAUCUGAGCACAGUGCAUGUAAGGGACUCGCAGGUUCUGUUCCUGUGCCUCAGCAAAUGGGUUCAUGUCACCUAUGUACAGUUACUUCAAUCCUGCUUCCAUUUGCAUGUUCCAUUUUUUGCACAGUAAUCCUGUAGGCUUUGUGUUUGUAUACAGCUUUGAGAUUUAGCAGCAUAAGAUGUGUUCUAGAUACAACCCACCCUGUUGAUGCUAGUAAUCUCAGGACAGGCAGGAAGGACCUGAGACCUUACCACCAUUUGGUCCCAUUAUAGGCUUCUUCUGUAGGUACAACUCAUCUGCAAUUACUGGCAUGGGUGUUUAUUUUUUUCCCUUUAUUAUUUCCAUAAUGGUUGUAAACAUUUCAGACCUUACAGGAAGAUACAGACAGAUACUGCACUUUUUUGCAUGUAUGCCUGUUUUUACUGAAUAAGCUCGUAUAAGAACACUGAAGUCUUGUGGUGAUGACAACAAAAUUAUAUAGACAGUGGGCAGCAUAUUAUUUCAUAUCUGUGUGCAGUACAGUUUUCCAGUGUGUUGAAUGUUCACAAGUAAGGAAAGCUUAUAUGUUACAUUCACAGUUUGCUUCCUUGUAGUGUGUAAAAAGCAGAGUGUCUUGGGAUGUAGACUUUCAGGAAGAGACAAUGAGCUGGCCUCAUUGCUGUUGCAAGCUAGUAUAGCUUCAGCAGAAGAGAUGCAAUUAUACAGAUAUGUCAUCUAUGAAACUAUAACAGUUCCUCUGAGAAACUGUCCAAUUAUUUGCUUUUGUACAUAUAAAUACAUGCGUAGUUGUGUCUGAGCCCAGACACAGAGAAAUAUCACAAUUAAUCUAUUGUUUGUGCAGCAAAACUUGCACCUGUUUGUAUAAUUUAUAUUGCUGAUGCCCAUUGUUCAUCAGAAUGGAUGAGAUUGCAAGCUGGGAUCUUUUAUUCUAAAAUAUGCGUGGAGUCUUGUCUAAAAGCCCCCAGGAUCCCAGCCUUUAACCUGAAAUACUAAUCUGUGUAUUUCCCGUAUUUGAUGUCCUGCUGUUCUUUGCUGUUCAGAUGUGGCUUCUUGUUUCAGUACGUGCCUUGACUUGAGCACGUGGUGCUGGAAGGAGGAUGACUGUGCCUAGUCCAAGGCUGUCUUCCUCACCUCUGUCAGUACCUCUGCACUUCCCAUAUGGGAAAGCAGUGGGCUUGUUCCCUUCUCUGCUGAGUGCAGACCAACACUUCAGCAGUAUGGGUGGUUGAGAAGCUUGAGGCACAGGCAGGCUGAAGUCCUGAACUACAGUGAGAGUAUAGAUGUUAUCUUCCAGUGCUCCCAUCAUACAGAUAGUUACUAAGAUCAGUAGUAAGAUAAUCACUUUCAAUGCUUGGUGAUUGCAGCUGAUAGAGACUCAUGGUUAAGCUGAGCAGAUGUUUGCAAAUAAGGAUCUUAGGGCAGUGGUGUUUGGCUGUGUUGGGUAUAUUUCAAAGUGGUGCUCUAAAAGGCUGGGAGGAACACAUUCUGGGGAUCGUUUGGUCUGCAGCUUGUACUGUGGUGCGUGCAAGCAUGCUGUGGUCAUGAGAGCGAGCUUUCAGCUGGUAGCCUUUGCCAUUACCAAAUCCUCUGGUCUUAUGCUGCCGACGAUUAGAAAUAUCACAGGAGAAGAUAACCUGAAACUCUAAUUCAUCUGAGAAAUCUGAGAUUUUAAUUUUGAAAUCUCCCUUAACAGAUUUGAGCUGUAGGGCUUUGUUUUGACAGCCACAGGGUUUCAAGCAUUAGGUCAUAGCAUUUUAACCUUGCCAGCCCAGAUAUCAAGAUGCUAAAGAUUGAAUAUCCUGAUGUUUUUGUAACAAGCAAUCUCAGUGGUCACGUGCACAAAACAAUGCCUUAACAGCAAAUGUCAUACUCGUUAUUGUGAGAGGUAAUCUGUGAAAAUUUAUUUAAUAGCUUUAUGCUUUGCUAGCAGCUAUUCUGAAAUACUGAGCUAAGAUACUCUCCCAAAUGUUACUUAACAUUUAACAGAUAGAGCUUAUAUAACAUAUACGUGAUUUAAGAUUGUGCAAAAUUGAUUUUGAACAGGCUGAAACGUGUGAUGGAGCUAGCGUUCUGUGUAGCUCUGGGUUCCAGUACUCUGCAAAGAGAGCGAAGGGCUCGCUUUGCUGCUCUGUGUCAAUGUUAAUAGCAGGAAGCAGGGCGCAUCCUCGCGGUGUCUAAGUCUGGAGCCCACAGCUUUAUGGACCAACAGCUGGUAAGUCCAGGUAGUUGUUAAUAGCACUAUCCUUUGCCUCUUAGCAAGAAAGAGUAAACACGCAAAGAGGAGUAAGCACAGUGGUUGUAAUAAGUUAUUGUGAUGAGCCUGUCUUACGG